UUGGCAUGUAUCAGUCCAAAGCACUGCAUUGAAGUGUGUGGCUCUGCAGCUGGCUGCAGCAAUGUGGCUUACCCAAGGCUCGUCAUGUCAGUAAUGCCCGUCGGUCUCCGCGGGUUGAUGAUGGCUGUUAUGAUUGCAGCUCUAAUGAGCGACUUGGACUCUAUCUUUAAUUCUGCAAGCACCAUCUUUACCCUAGAUAUUUACAAGAUGCUACGAAAGCGGGCGUCGUCCAGAGAGCUAAUGAUAGUAGGCAGGCUGUUUGUCGUUUUCAUGGUGAUCAUAAGCAUCGCCUGGGUGCCUGUGAUCAUUGAAAUGCAGGGAGGCCAGAUAUUCUACUACAUCCAAGAAGUAUCAGAUUAUCUGACUCCGCCCAUAGCGGCUCUCUUCCUGCUUGGCAUCCUGUGGCGUCGUUGUAAUGAGACAGGUGCCUUUUGGGGAGGGAUGGUAGGGUUUUUCCUUGGAGCUGUCCGUUUGGCUUUGGCAUUUGUUUAUCGAGAGCAACUCUGCGAUCAGCCUGAUGAACGCCCAUCCUUCAUCAAAGAUAUCCAUUACAUGUAUGUGGCGGCCAUCUUGUUUUGGAUAUCAUCUCUGGUGGCUGUUGUUGUGAGUCUUUGCACUCCUCCACCCGAAGAGGGACAAAUCCAAACCACUACUCUCUGGGGACUAAACAAGACAAAGAAGCUAAAAAAUCAAGAAAAAGACGUCAAUGUUUUGAAACCCCUAAAUCACUCAGCCUUUAAUGGAAACGGUGUUCUUGGUGAAGAAAAGUGUCACAAGAACCCAAACUUGCUCAAUGGCUCUGAGACAAAUCUUAAAAAUGGCCAAUCAAGAAGCAGCAAUAAUGUCACAGCAAGAGAUAUAGAAACAACCUAUUCAAUACAGAAUGGUGGCUGUGCUCAGAGUUCAGGCUCCAAAAUGGUAGAAAAUGAGGAAAGAAGAGGAGUGGAGGAGGAAGACGAGAGCUGUGGAGCAGGGGACGCAAAAGAGGAGCGUGGAUGUUGCAUUAAGGUUUUGGAUUGGUUUUGUGGAUUCAAGGAGGAAUUGUCCAAAGAUCAGGCCAUAACAGUUCAAGAACAGGAGAAGAUGGUGGAGGAGCUUCUCUACGAACCUCCAACAACCAAAAUCAUCUUAAACAUCGCACUGGUGGUGGUUUGCUCAGUUGGGAUCUUUCUCUUCAUCUAUUUCUCCUUAUAG